AUGAAUCAUCAUCAUCUUCUUCUUUCGUUUAUUUGGUUCCACACUUUCCGAUAUUCUGAACCCAGUACCAUUGGUAAAGCCUGCACAUCAGGUGAUUCCACAUGUGACACAGAUCAAACAUGUGUGCACGGACGAUGUGAAUGUGAUCCUUAUCAUCGACGUUAUUGGACAGGAGAUAAAUUUAAAUGUCGUGUUUGUCCGUCCGACUUUCAUCGCGAACCCACUCGAUGUUACCGAUUUUAUCAAGAAUCAAGAAAUCAUAGCGAAGCCCGUGCUAAUUGUCGUAAAUUUCAAGCUGAUCUAUAUUCUUGGCGGGAUAAUACUGAUGAAAACGAAUUAUUAACAGCAUCGACCUCAUGGAAUUAUGUUUAUCAACCAAAUAAACAUCAGUUUUACACUUGGAAUGGGGGUAUAGUCCAUCAUGGUCAAGGCUCAAGAGCCGAAUACAAAAUCACUUGGGUUGAUCCAAGAGGUCCGACCAUUCGUCAUCCGGAGACAAAGGAUCCUCUAACAGCGCGAUAUUGUAAUCAGAUGAUGGUAGCAAAUUACGAAGGAGAACCGGAGCCCACACGUCAAACAAAAGAUGGUGAAAAAGAAAACUGUGCUACUACUGUUUUUAUUCCUGAGCCAAAUGGCCGUGGACACAUCUGCAUGGCAGAUGAUUAUUGCUCAACAAGAAUGAGUUACAUAUGUGAAUUUACUGAAGCAACUCUAUCAGGUGAAUUUGCUACGUUACCAUCACCAGUUAUAACAACUAGAAGGCCAGUCGUACAAAUUCCGAACGACGACAAUGAACAACAACAAUCGCACAAUAGCGAAGAAAUUAAUAAUUCUGUACCCUCGGCUCUAGGAAAAUCAAAUGAUUCACUAUUAUCGAACCCCUUAGUAAUUGUCAUUGGCAUAGUUGUAGUCGCUGUGAUUGUAGGUGCAGUCGCGUUCUAUAUUAUUCGAAAACAAAAACAAGCGGGUGCAAAUCCCAAUGUAUCACCAACGAAUAGUGUCGCUAGUUCGAACAUGUCUGGCGCAGAUAUUGGUGGAUCUAUCAUUGCUCCUCGGCUUGUUCUGACUGCGGCACAUUGUUUUCAUAAUGUAACGCUACCUUCAGAUCUAAACUAUGUCCGACGAAUCGGAGAAGUCCACAUUGGUCAACUGGGAUCGACUGAGCCGGGCAAGCGAGUGGCUCAAUGGAUCAAAGUCAUUAUUCCUCAACAAUACCGCCUGCUUCGGGCACAUGAUUAUUCUUAUGACAUUGCUCUACUGGUUCUUAACGAAACUAUUGUCGACGAGCAGUACCCACCUAUAUGCCUUCCAUGGAAUGGUCUCACUAGUCAUAUCGAUGAUCUCAGAACGAUUGUGGGAUGGGGUACCAACAGCGACAAUGAUACAGAAAUAUCGAAAUACAUGACACAAGUCACAGUGCCAGUGCUUGAUCCGGCACUAGAAGUUUGUCACCCAUCACAAUUAUCUAAGAAAAACUUUUCGAUGACAAUAUGCGCUGGUAUUCUCACCGGUGGUAUAGAUGCUUGCCAAGGUAGUUCAGGUGCAGCAUUUACGCAGCAGCUUGAUGAUCGAUGGUACAGUAUAGGUAUUCUUUCUCAUGGUCUUGGAUGCGCUCGAAGAGAUAGUCCAGGCUUCUACACACGUGUUCAAGCUCAUCUCGGCUGGAUAUGUCAAACAGCUGAGAAUGAAAAUCAAAUACUGCCGGCUUGUGCUCACUCCGCUUCACAUUCGAAUGAUCUUCAGUGGAUAUCUUACUCUAUUUUCUCUUUAUUUCCUAUCUUAUCUUUAAUUUUAAAUUAA